AUGGCUUCGCUGCCCACUCGGGGCCCCGCGAUGCCGGCGUCCACCACCCCAGCCAACCAGAGCGCGGAGGGCAACGGGACGGCGGCCGGGUCCGGCGCGCAGGCGGUCACCCCCUUCCAGAGCCUGCAGCUGGUGCACCAACUGAAGGGGCUGAUCGUGCUCCUCUACUGCAUCGUGGUGGUCGUGGGGCUGGUGGGCAACUGCCUGCUGGUGCUGGUGAUCGUACGGGUGCGCCGGCUGCACAACGUGACCAACUUCCUCAUCGGCAACCUGGCCCUGUCCGACGUGCUCAUGUGCGCCGCCUGUGUGCCACUCACGCUGGCCUACGCCUUCGAACCCCGCGGCUGGGUGUUCGGGGGCGGCCUGUGCCACCUGGUCUUUUUCCUGCAGCCGGUCACCGUGUACGUGUCGGUGUUCACGCUCACCACCAUCGCGGUGGACCGCUACGUCGUGCUGGUGCACCCGCUGCGCCGGCGCAUCUCGCUGCGCCUGAGCGCCUACGCGGUGCUGGCCAUCUGGGCGCUGUCCGCGGUGCUGGCACUGCCCGCCGCCGUGCACACCUACCACGUCGAGCUGCAGCCUCACGGCGUGCGCCUCUGCGAGGAGUUCUGGGGGCCCCAGGAGCGCCAGCGGCAGCUCUACGCCUGGGGGCUGCUGCUGGGCACCUACCUGCUCCCGCUGCUGGUCAUCCUCGUGUCCUACGUGCGGGUGUCGGUGAAGCUCCGCAACCGCGUGGUGCCCGGCUGCGUGACGCAGAGCCAGGCGGACUGGGACCGCGCACGGCGCCGCCGCACCUUCUGCCUGCUGGUGGUGGUCGUGGUGGUCUUCGCCGUCUGCUGGCUGCCGCUGCACAUCUUCAACCUGCUGCGGGACCUCGACCCGCGCGCCAUCGACCCCUACGCCUUCGGGCUGGUGCAGCUGCUGUGCCACUGGCUGGCCAUGAGCUCGGCCUGCUACAACCCCUUCAUCUACGCCUGGCUGCACGACAGCUUCCGCGAGGAGCUGCGCAAGCUCCUGCUCGCCUGGCCCCGCAAGAUCGCGCCGCACGGCCAGAGCCUGACUGUCAGCGUGGUCAUUUGA